UGCCUCGCGGAGCUGGACGCGAUGACCGGAUAACUUUAAACUCUGCACGGAUGAUGCUUUUCCUCGAUGGCAUCUGAUGAAUUCUCCACUGGGAAACAGUAACAGGUCUGCCAAACAUCUCACCUCCCAUGUCACCGGCACGUCUCAAUGGCGAUGUUUAGCAGUGCAGAGCGGGUCUGGAAUGAAACAGACCGCCUCGGAUGGGAGUCGGAGAGCAAUGAGACCUCAGAAGCAUCACAGGAUGAACGUAAUUACUACGCCAUGCUGUACUCCCUGCUCAUCCUGGCCAUCGUGUUCGGGAACGUGCUGGUGUGCCUGGCUGUGCUGAGGGAGCGUUCCCUCCAGACGACCACUAACUACCUGGUGGUGAGCCUGGCUGUGGCCGACCUGCUGGUGGCCUCGUUGGUCAUGCCCUGGGCUGUGUACUUGGAGGUGGUCGGCGGCACCUGGCUUUUCAGCCGGCUCUACUGUAACGUCUUUGUCACGCUAGAUGUGAUGAUGUGCACCGCCAGUAUCCUCAACUUGUGUGCUAUCAGCAUUGACAGGUACACAGCAGUGGUGAUGCCCGUCUUGUACAACACCACCCAUCGCUCCAGGAAGAGAGUUUUUGUGAUGAUAACCACCGUGUGGGUCCUGGCCUUCACCGUCUCCUGUCCGCUGCUGUUUGGUUUCAACACCACAGAUGACCCCUUGGUGUGCUCCAUCUCCAACCCGGACUUUGUCAUCUACUCUUCGGUGGUGUCCUUCUACCUGCCGUUUAUCGUCACUCUGCUGGUUUACAUCCGCAUCUACGUCUUCCUCCGGAUGAGGCGGAAGAGGAUCGCCUUCGGACAGGCCAGUGGGAAAGUGCAGCCGGGCUCGACUCCGCCGUCUGUGGAGACCUGUCUACAAGAGGAGACUCCCAAGGCGAAGCAAGACCUGUCACCUAUAAGGAUUAAAGUGCAGAGUGCAGAGCCUUCAGAUGCCUCCAAGCCCAACCUGUUGUCAGGAUGCCUGUGGCGAAAACGCCCAAAGACGGGACCCGUGGAGAACUCUAUGCUGCCCCCGGUGGAUACGCACAACUGCUGCAGCAUCAGCCACGCCUCCUGCGGCCGCACCGAGCUGGAUCUGGAGCAGGAGCGGGAGGAGCAGGAGGAGGAGGAGGCGCAGGAGAGCAACCACAACGAGCGGCCUCCUGUGAGGAUGAGCUGCGAGGUGAAGAACCUGUCCAACGGAAGAACACACACGUCACUGCGGUCCGUGGCUCUCUCUCAUAUGAGCAAUCCACGGUUCAGGAGCAUGCAUGCACGGGAGAAAAAGGCGACUCAGAUGCUGGCCAUAGUGCUUGGGGUGUUUCUCAUCUGCUGGCUGCCUUUCUUUGUGACUCACAUUCUGAACACCCACUGCAGGACAUGCUACGUGCCUCCUGGGCUUUACAGUGCUUUCACCUGGCUGGGUUAUGUCAACAGUGCCCUCAACCCUAUUAUCUACACCACCUUCAACAUCGAGUUCAGACGGGCCUUCAUCAAGAUCCUCAGCUGCUGAGGAAGACGGCGCGCCAGGAAAUUAAAAUGGAAAUGAGGCUCUCCAACUCAAGCGUGGUGCAUUUGGAAAACAGUGACCACAGAUGUACGCUGGUCAUGGUCCAGAUAAGCAAACCUGUCCUACAGGAGUUACACACGUGCAAUAAAUACAAACAAAAGAGGAUUUUUAAUUCAAACCAGACUUUUUGCUUUCCUCAACAUGGCUGGGACUCCAUUUGAACAGUAUUACUCCUCAAAUAAGACUUAUUCCCAUGUAUACAGUCUUAUUGAUAGCACAAAGUGUUCUUGUGGAUAUGUUCUUGUACAGUAUGUGUGCUGCCCUUUGGCACAGGACUUUCCAAUCGAUGUAAGUUUGGAAGCUCUUUGGACACAAGAUGAAUGGCUAUAAUUGAUCGUAGAGCUGCGGGCCUUUUCGCCCCUGCUGCCACCGCACUGUGUGGAUUAACUGAUGUUACACACCUCCCCCACUUACUUCCUCACCAUCAGGUACUCUCCAGUGCAUGCACACAUCAAAUGUUCAAGGACGUUCACUUUAAUUGUGCUGGAAGGAUCGUAUUGACUCAUUUUGAAGAUUGUCAUGCAUAUUGAUGUGGAGGCAUUGUGCUCAGUGCGUAUUCAUUAGAAUAAAAAAAAUGUGAGGUUUUGAUGUAAAGCGCAGUGUUUUCUUUUUUUGACGAACCUCCCCGUGCAGAGCAUCCUGCUGGAGCAAACAAAUCAAACAGGACUGUAAACCGUGUGGUGGGCAGCUCUGUUCUGGACAGAGCAGUAUGGUGUAAAUAAAAGAAAUGAUGAAAUGUUUUAGAGGGUAUUUAUAUACAUGUGUUCGUGUAUGUGUCUGAGUGUUGCUGCUGGUGAGGGACACCAUCAGAUACUGGUGAAUAAAUGGGCUUUUUCUGUGAGGAACACAAGAGGAACCAAGC